AGCGCGGGCCGGCCGCGCCGCCGGCUGCCGCGGCUCAGCGUAGAGGCGAGGCGGGCGCGGAGCUGCCGCGGUUCCCCCCGCGCUGAAGGGCAGGCGGCGGCGACCCGCCAUGGAGAAGACAGCGGCCGCGGAGCUCCGGCAGGGCGCGCUGGCGCCGCUCACCGCCAUCUGCCUGGUGAAUCUCUUCCUGACUGGGAAAAUAGAAAGUGCUGUUACCUCAUUAGCUCCUUGCAGUGGAGAACUGGAACAGCACACAGAGAGACGUGGAGUCAUCUAUAGUCCUUCUUGGCCACUGAACUAUCCUCCAGCUGUAAACUGCAGCUGGUACAUUCAAGGAGACCGUGGAGACAUGAUAACCAUUAGCUUCAAGAACUUUGAUUUGGAAGACUCUCACAAGUGUGCAGUAGACUGGUUGAUGAUUGGCCCCUCUUCCAAAAGGGAGGAGUACAAAGUGUGUGGAUCUUCCAUACCUCCAUCUUUCAUCUCUGCAAGGGAUCACGUUUGGAUAUUUUUUCACUCAGAUGCAUCAAGCUCAGGACAGGCUCAGGGAUUUCGCCUUUCUUAUAUUAGAGGGAAGAUAGGUCAGGCUGAAUGCCAGUCAGAUGAAUUCCGUUGUGCAAAUGGAAAGUGUAUUCCCAGUACUUGGAAAUGUAAUUCCAUGGAUGAGUGUGGUGAUAACUCGGAUGAGAGAAACUGCACUGUGCCUCCAACAGAGCCUCCGUCCAGUAUCUGUCCUUCAGGAAUGUUCCAGUGCAGUGCAGCCCACUCCACCAAGUGCUUGAUGAAUGAGCUGAGAUGUAAUUCAGUUAAGGAAUGCAGUGAUGGUUCGGAUGAAGAGAAUUGUCCCGAUCUUUCCUGUGGCAAAAGGCUGGGUAAUUUUUAUGGAUCUUUUGCUUCCCCAGACUUAUUCCGUGCUGAUCACAGCAGGUCAGACCUCCGCUGCACCUGGUACGUGGACACACAAGAUAACCGCCAUGUUCUGUUGCAGCUGGAUCUGCAGCUGGGCUACAAUGACUAUGUAAAGGUGUACGAUGGCAUUGGAGAGAGGGGGGAUAAACUAAUGCAAACCUUUUCGUACCACAACAACAGGCAUUCGGUGAGUGUGGAGUCGUCAAAGGGCCAGCUCACUGUCUCCUACCAUGCCCGCUCCAAGAGCACUGGCCACGGGUUCAAUGCAACCUAUCAGGUGAAAGGCUAUUGCCUCCCUUGGGAACAUCCUUGUGGGAGCGACGAGGAGUGUUUCACAGAUAAGCAGCACUGUGAUGGCUGGUGGCACUGCCCUAAUGGUAAGGACGAGGAGAACUGUCCCGCUUGCCAGAAGAAUGAAUACCCCUGUGAGGGAAACAGUGGGCUUUGUUACUCCAUACUUGACCGCUGCAAUAACCAAAAGAACUGCCCAGAUGGCUCGGAUGAAAAAAACUGCUUUACUUGCCAGCCAGGGAACUUCCAUUGUGGUACAAAUCUGUGCAUCUUUGAGACUUGGCGCUGCGACGGCCAAGAAGACUGCCAGGAUGGGAGUGAUGAACAUAACUGCCUGGUGAUCGUUCCCAGGAAGGUCAUCACAGCUGCUCUGAUCGGCAGUCUUGUCUGUGGCCUGCUGCUGGUGAUAGCACUGGGCUGUGCAUUUAAAUUGUACUCUCUGAGGACCAGGGAAUACAGAGCAUUUGAGACCCAGAUGACGCGGCUGGAGGCAGAGUUUGUGCGGCGGGAAGCUCCACCUUCCUACGGGCAGCUGAUUGCACAAGGACUUAUCCCCCCAGUUGAAGACUUCCCCGUGUACAACGCAUCACAAGCUUCUGUGCUGCAGAACAUUCGAACAGCCAUGAGGAGGCAGAUGAGACGACACUCGUCGCGACGCAGCUCGUCUCGGCGGCGCCUGGGCCGGCUCUGGAACAGACUCUUCCACAGGCCUCGGGUGAGAGGGCAGAUCCCACUCCUGACCCCGGCCCGCACUUCACAGACUACGCUGGGUGAUGGAAUCAUCAACCGUGGUGUUGGGACUGUUGGGAGUCCUCCACCUUCCCCCGAAGGACCUAGUUCAGAGGUAGCUGCCCGUGGCCAAGGCAGGUGCCUGCAAGAAGCUGGAUGCAGCAGCUUGCAGCCAGAGACUGAGGUCACAGAGCCAUCACCUUCGAAUGUCUUACCGAAUACUUGCACAGCAGCACACGCAGAGCCUGAGGCUGGACAUGCUGCUAAACCUCUCAGUGCUGAGACCUCUGGCAGUGAUCUUAAGCAGGUCAGUAAAGUGGAUUCAGGAAAGGCUUUCAGAGAUCCUUUAUCUGAAAGCGUUACAGAAGCGAUCCACGGAGGGUCAGCGUCCAGGAGGACUGUCCCAGAGGACAGUGGUUUGAGUCGAAGUCACCCUCUGAGUGAAGAGCCGUGUCGGUUACCCCUGAAGAAGUGGGAGUGUGCUUACGCAGACGGGCCUGCGCGGGGCCCCGGCCAGGCGGCCGGACACAGCUGCCGCCACAGCUCCUACGGGCAGGAGCCUCUGGGCAUCCCUGCGGCCUGUUGCCAUCCCGUGGAAGUGCCAAUGUUAGAGUCCUCUACUCCGCUCUCUGAAAUCAAUACCAGUGAUGACGAAUCUUUACUUGUUUGCUAAUAAAAACUUUUGAUUUGGCCCUGUAAAUUUUGUUACUUCAUUGUUUAUAUGACAGUGCACUUUGAUGAUAGGUGGUAUGUCAGUGCUCUCAACUUUGUCUCUUAAAACCAGUGUGCUUUAAUCCCCCAGGGAAUACAGUACAAGACUAAAUAGGACAAGUUUUUGUCUUGGUUGCUAUUCCUGGAACUCCAGUGGGGCAGAAGUAGGCCAGUAUGUGAUAUCAGGGGCUAGGAGUGCAAGAAUGUGCCACUGCAGUUUGGAGGCAUCUCCAUCCUCUGGUAUUUCUUCUGUGCAUUUGCUCACUCUGCAUUCAGGGAAUUAGUGUUUCUUUGCUUUUCAAGUGGUCUUACUGAAACUGGAGAGAACUCUGUUGGAACCUGGGGCAGGCGCCAGUCAUUGUAACUUGGAGUACUAAGCUAGAAAUAGCAUUGUUGUCUUUUUAGACAUAAUUUAAAUAGAAUGUCGUAAUUUUAAUUACAAAUACUUAGAAGCACAUAAAAUCCUCUGUAGCUUCCUGUUUAUAGAAAUUGUUCACUUCCUUUGGUGACUUCUGAAGUGUUUUGAUGGCCGUACGUCCCUUGAAGCCUUCACUCAAACCAAAGUUUCUGUAUGGAUACGCAGAAUGACACCAGGUGUCUUGCCUGCCUCAGCUUUGUGAGAAGAGGUUGGCAGCACUCCCUGGAAGCAGAGUGCAUUGAACUCUAGUUGCAGCAAUAUUUCUUUUUUUGUGUUGCCAUAUGUUACAUUCUCUUCACAGUGAUGUUGUGAAGGUUGAAGAAUUCUUUGCUUUCUCCCUGCCCUCUUUUUGCCCUCUUCCCUUCUGUUUUCAGGGACUUUUGUGAUUAUACCACUUUGAGUGUGCCCUGAAGGAUACUGAGGCUUCACAACUACCAUUGGCUGCAGUAGGAAGCGCUUGGGAACUGUCAGGAUUUUAUUUUAUUUUGAAAUAAAAUCUGCCUCAUAAAUUUGCUUGUAAAUCUACUGCCUAGGUGCAGAUGCAUAAAUCAGGUCUUUUUAAUUUCUACUGUUAGAGGAUGCUAUUUUGUUUGCUUUUUGUCUUCCAUGAACUGAAAGAGAUUGGUGCCAUUUUUAAAGCUGUCGUGAUGUGGAUUGUAUAACACUUAAAUGUAAACUGGUGCCUUUUUGGUUUUUAGAGUGUAAGUAAAAGCAAGCAAGUUACUUACCUGGAAGAAGGGUGAUAUUGCUUAACCAGGAGUGACUUGGUGCAGGAUGACAGAAUGUUACUGUGUGAAAGCUUGGCCCUGUUGUGGUGAUUGGGGCAUUAUUGGGGCUCCCCUGUGUCCUACAAGAGCUCUGCUUCAAGAAUCCCCCCAACAACGUGACAAACCAAACCACUUUAUGUAGGAAUUAACAAGGAAGUUGAUGCUGCUGCUCUUCAAAUACUUGAGUUCUCUGAAGCCUGUUUAUUGCUCAUAGGAAUUCAAGUUGCCCCAAGUUGUUAACUGAAUAUUAGCUGAACUUGUAAAAUUGAGGUGGACUUCGGUGUCUGUGGACCUGACCUCUGCUGUCACAGGACCCUUCUGCCUGUAAAGGCUAUAACAGGCUUUCCCAUUGAACAGUAAAGUUCACAUCAAAGGGUCAAAGAUGUUUUUCCUUUAAAUGGGCUACAUUUUGCCCUGUGUCUUUUACCAGGACUCCCUUUGGGAGUGCCUUAAAAAGAACAAGGCUUUGACUUUACCAAAAUGUAACAUGGAAAAAUUAAAUCAAAGUUGUUUUUUUCCUCUUCGGUUGCAAGUUGGUUUCAUACUGUGCAUUCCGGAGGCUGAGGAUUCAAAUUCCUUAAGGGCAUUAAUAGCAGAAAGGGCUUGUGGCAAAAUGCAGAACAAGUAAGAGUCAGUUACAUAAAAUAAAUACUGCUCACUCAGUUUUUCCAAGUGCUUGUGUGAUCAGAACUCCUUUCAUCAAGGGAAAGGUAAUUUUGAAAGAGAUUUUGCUUUCAAAGCACUUGCAAACAUUUUAAGUACAUUCCAUCUUUGCAAAGCCAUGUACUGUAGUCAUUACACUGCCAGGGCUGUUUGCAUCUAAGGAUACAAGUUUUAGUGUCUUUUUUUGGUUGUUGUUUUUUGGAUGUUUUGGGUUUUUUUGUCUAAAGGUAAUUUAAAAUACAUACACUUGUAUGUAAAGUAGUUAAUUACAAUUGGGAGGAAGAUUGUAUUUCAAGGUUCAUAUUAUGCAGCUAUGCAGGACCUUAGAAAUAAGUGUACAUUAAAUGUAUUUCUAUAAUAAAAUAAUGUUGACCAUACUAUGCCUUAAGCUAUCACCACUGUAAGGCUCUUCCAGUUGAAAUCUGCGCUUCAGAAUAUUGCAAUAUUUGGGAACAACCCUGAACAGCUAACCCUGUGUAUUGUCAUGUAAUGCCACAUCAUUUCUUACAUACACAUAUUUUUUGUACUGGGUAACUCGGGGAAUUUCAUUGAGAAGAUUUUAUUUUUACAAACUUAAAAUCCAGGUUAAUGAAAAUGUGAUGCUUGAAUUGUCCAGGCAUGUUCACAGCCCUCACUACUGGAAUUUCUAGCCUUGCAUCAAUGAGACCCCCAAACCUGGUACUCUUUGUAAGCACCUGACUUGUAUUCUGCAAGGCAGUAUUCUCAUAGCUCCCAUAGCUCAUUCCUUGUGGGAAAGAGCGACAAAUUUGCUGUUAAUUUUGCAGAAGAAAUCUCUGUCUGUGCUGUCAGCACAAACAAGUGCGUUGCAGUGUCUUGGAAUGUCAAUGCCUGAAGAAACCACACAGUCUGCCUUGGUGCGUGUUUGCCCUUCCUCCAGCUCUUGUCAGCGGUAAGCAGUGAAUCAGCCGCCCCCAAAGACACUCUUCUGCUUCGUGUGAGCUGCCUCCUUUUAUGCAGAACUUCUGAAAAUGAAAAACAACAACAAAAAAGGUAAAACCCUGCUGCUGUGCCAGACGCGUGAACAGGAAGAUCUCAUUGUUCCAUUUCUUUGCUCAGUGGAAAAUAUCACACUUCAAUGCCUACACAAGUUAGUCAGCUAAUAAGCUUGUUAAUUUUGUUACCAUUUUAACAACACUUUUAUGAACUCUUCAAAAGUUUUUGUAGACAGGGAACAAAGUAAGAUAGCUGCUUUUUGAUGUUUUGAUUUAUUUAAGACACAAAACUUCCCUGUGGAAGCAGCCAACAGAACCCUCCCUAAAAGAAAUUUCUCUUGAGUAGAGAACACCUACACUGGCAUAAGAAAAAUGGAAGCUCAUAGGCUGGAUUAAGUGAGAAGCUGGGCCCCAGUAUUUUUUUCUCUUAUUGAAGCAUGGGUAAUGUUUCUGUUUGAAAUUCUGUCACCUUCCCAUUUGUGUAUGACUCUGCAACAUCCCUUAAAUGUACUUGUUUUCUUUUUCUGCUCUUGCCUUGGAUUGAUUUUUUUAAUUUACAUGUGUAUAUUCAUUUGGAGCUAACAUUUUACCAUAACAAGUGUUCAGGUAUAUGGUUCAGGUAUGGCAUCAUGGUUGCCAGUGUCUGCUGGUUCCUGGACAAUGAUAUUAAGCAGGUAAGAUGCUGGGCAUCAUUGUACUUUGCUCUUGCUUUGGACCUCUGAAUUUUUAAUAAAAUUUCAUG